AUGAUGAUUGUGGGUGACACCUACGGAUUCUAUCAGCUAGUCCUUAGGAAGCAUGCUUGCAGGUUGAGUGUAUUCGAAUAUAAAUCAUCUUUAGGUUGCGCUACAUCUUGCAUCAGCUGAACAGUGGCCAGUUACCUCUCGAGGAUCUCAAACGGAAUAUCGAAUAUGCAGCUCUUGUCCUCGAAACAGCGUAUAUGGACGAGACCCGGUAAAAUACGAAAGUUAAAAAAAAAUAUUUUUUUCAGAAGGAUAUGUGAUGAAGACGACGACUUGGCAGAGGUCACCCCAGAUACUGUCCCUGACGAAGUCCGGGAAUGGCUGGCGGCGACUUUUACCAGACAGACCGUGCAAACUAAACGGGAGAAACCAAAGUUCAAAUCAGUCGCCAAUGCCAUCAGAACCGGAAUUUUCUUCGACAAGUAGGCUCCGGUGACAUAAUAUAAAUAUUUUAAGGAUCUACCGUCGGACUCAGACGGUUUUGGCACCCAUUCCAAAAGAAUAUCAGCCAUAUCUAAAGGUGAGUAUGUCAGGGAACCAAAAAUUAUUUCAGAACAUCAAUGGCUGGGGAUUCAGCUGUUUCGAUCUCAACGAAGCAACCGAUGGACACGCUCUCAAAUACGUUGGAUUCGAAUUAUUCAAUCGGUACGGCUUCCUUGAACGUUUUAAGGUGAGCUGCGUAUUAUACAGUAGUUGUCGGCGAAUUGUCAAUUUUUUUAUUUCGAGUGUAUGUAGCUUCCCUCAGACUCAACAGAAUUUGAUGAGACCAAGAGCGUUAAAGACGUUGGUGGACACGCUUUUACCAUUUCAAAUUUUUCAUUUCAUACUAUCGGCCACAGGUUUUUUGUUGGACAACGAAUUGUCAAUUUUUACAUUUUGAGGCAUAAGAUCUCAAGAAAACCAGCAUAAAAAGGCCAUAACGGAGUGUAAUUAGCAAUCAUAGAAUAGCAUACAGACGGUUUUCGCUAUAAAUGCAUCCACUUCAGAUCAACUAUCAAUGCCUUGAGAAUUAUCUUCUUGCUUUGGAAGCCGGCUACAGUAGACACAACAAUCCCUAUCACAAUACGGUUCAUGCGGCUGACGUCACACAAACCUCCCAUUUCAUGCUCUCGCAAACUGGAUUAGCCGUAGGUCUAGCCGGAAACGGAGCCAACUUUAUUUUUGUUUGCAUCGACGAAGAAAGGGGCUUUACAUCGAACCAAGCUGAACGAUGGGCUCUUUAAUCGUAUUUUCCAAGUUAAAUAUCUGAUUUACCCAUCUUACAGAGCAGUUUAAGCGAUCUCGAAAUGCUGUCCGUCCUUUUUGGGGCUUUAAUUCACGAUUACGAACACACCGGGCACACAAAUAACUUUCACAUUCAAUCAGGGUAAUAGUCUCCGACUGGUCUAAUCCGCUUUCACAGGUCCCACUUCGCUCUGCUGUACAAUGACAGAUCUGUUUUGGAAAAUCAUCACGUCAGCGCUUGCUUCAGAUUGUUGAAAGAAGAAGAUAAAAAUAUCUUUGAACGAUUGACUCGGGAAGAAUUCAGGUAUCGGGUUCCUCUGAAGCAAAUACCUUAAGAUUACAGAGAACUCAGAAACUCGGUCGUGGAGAUAGUGUUGGCCACCGACAUGAGCACCCAUUUUGUCCAGAUCAAAACCAUGAAAAACAUGCUCUCACUGCCUGAGGGGAUAGACAAGAUGAAGGCGCUCUGUCUGAUUGUCCAUGCCUGUGAUAUCUCCCAUGCCUCCAAACCUUGGGAGCUGCAUUCUCGAUGGACUGAGGGCGUCUUAGAGGAGUUCUUCCGGCAAGGAGACCUCGAGGCGUCGAUGGGACUACCUUAUUCUCCAUUGUGUGACAGACACACCGUUCAUGUAGCGGAAUCUCAAAUCGGUAAAAAGAUGGGAGAAACACAGUCUAUUUAUAGGCUUCAUCGAUUUCAUUGUGGAGCCAACGAUGAUAGUAUGCGGUGAGAUGUUAACCAAGAUGGUUGAGCCUCUGGUUUCCCUGCCAUCCUCUGACUCGCUCUUCCCUCCGGGCUCGAACAAUGAUGGACGCGAUGGCUCCGCCUCGGGCGCAUCCCUUUCGCCAGUUCCUGAUCUGUGAGCAAGCUUGAUUACUUCUAUUUUAAAUUGAAAUUUCAGCAAAAGUCCAACCGGAAACAAUUCCGUACGGAAAAUCCCCAUUAAUUACUUCGGAAAACUCGAGAUUCCCAACCCGUGGUCACGACAUCUACAAGAAAAUAAAUCCAACUGGAGAGAUCGGGCAGCCCAGGAAGAGGCGGAACGGAAUAACAACAGUUCCGAGGAGGAUGAUGUGUCUUCAUAG